UCUAUUUCUCUAUACAUCAAUUUCUCUUACAUGGUAUCAGAGCAGGUUUAGAACCUAAUAUUUUCGCUUCACCGGCGGGCGGCAACCUCACCUUAGCCGUCCGCCGGACCUCAACCAAAUUCCGCUAAAGUUUUCUACACGCCCUCACUCUGCCGCCGUAUUUCACCGCCGCUCAUCUUCCUCCGGCCAAAUUCCUCUCAAACUCCAUGUCUUUGCCACUGCUAGGCAGUUGAUCUAUGCUUACAGGAGUAAAUGAUGUCAACACCUCUGUAUCAGAAGGAACUUGUGAUACUGUCCAUACACAAGUAGAUUAUGACACCACUCUGGAAGACUUAGUUGCUCAGGUGAUGGUUCCUGUAAGAUCCCCAGCCGUGGCACUUAUUGUCACUAAUGCCUUGAUGUUGCGUAUGCCUUUUGAAGCUCUGGCAGAAACAUGUGAGGCUGAUAGAUCUGCUUUCGACAUGCCCUUACUGCUAUUUGUAGCCCUUGUAGGGGCCACAGUUGGAGGACUGCUUGCAAGACACAGGAGAGGAGAAUUGGAACGGCUGAAUGAGCAGUUGCGCCAGAUCAAUGCAGCACUAAGAAGGCAAGUAAAGAUCGAGUCUUAUGCCCCCACUCUAAGUUAUGCUCCUGUUAGUGGUAGAAUACAAGAAAAUGAAGUAAUUGUUGAUCCAAGGAAGCAUGAAUUGAUUUCCCAUUUGAAAUCUGGAAAGAAUUUUCUGAGGAAUCAAGAUCCAGAUAAGGCAUUUGUGGAGUUUAACGCUGCUGUGGCUGUUCCAUCGCCAUGGGAAGUACAUGGCUGUGGCUGUUCCAAACAGAUUCAUCUCAUCUCUCUCUCUCAUCUUUGAUGUGGUGCCCAAGGAUGUCAACACUGCUGUGUUGUUUUUAAAAAAAGUAAAAAAUACGGAAUGUUUGGAGAGAUUAUGACAAUAGAAGUUAAAUAACAAAAGCAAAAAAUAUAAAAGAGAUUAUGUACAUAGAAAUUCUGGUUUUCUUGUGUACAUGGUAAGAGAAAUUUAUGUAUUCUGGUUGUUAGAUUCUCCUUGCUACAACUUCUACUGAUGGAAAAUGCCGAGUCUUCUCCACUUUCAUAAAAGGUGUUGAUACAAGGGAUUCAGGAACAAGAUCCACAACGGAUUCAAAAUUUGGAGAGGUUCUAUCUAUAUCCCUUAUGUUUAUAUGUUAUCUAUAUUUCUUUGUCUCAGUCAUAUUAAAGGUUUUGGUAUGAUUAAUUAUGGUAUGAGUAGGACUGCAAAUGAACUGAGUCGAGCUGAGCUGAGCCGAGCCGAGCUUUGCUGAGCUUGAGCUCGGCUCGUUUGCUUGUCGAGCUCGUUUAUUAAGCUUGAGCUCGGCUCGAUAAGAAACUAGGCUCGAGCUCGGCUCGGCUCGGCUCGUUAACAUUAAUGAAGCUCGAGCUUGGGUCGAUAAUUUUUUUUUAAUAUUAUUUAUGUAGAAAUUUAAUGUAUAAAGAGAAAUGAUUGUAUUAUUGAUUGUUGUAUAUUGUAUAUUACAAAUGGUGAGGGGUUCCUUA